AUGAACAACGGUGAUCUAAACAACACAGCGGCAGAGCGCACUAGAAGGGCACUCGAGGUAGACCCGACGUACCAAAGGCGGUCUUUUGCUAUCCAUCAGUCUGAGGACGAUUCCGAGAUCCGGGCAAAAUAUAGGCCUUUUAUCACCGAUGAUGAGACGUCCAGGACCGAUUGGAUUUCUCGCCUGGAACUGAGCACAGUAUUGAAGAUGGUCGAAAACCAGGCUCUUAGCAGCGAUCAAGGCAGACUGAGGGUUCUCGUGCUGCAUGGUAGCAUGCGUAGCCGAUCAUACUCGCGGCUCUUAUCGUAUGAAGCCAGCCGAAUACUGUUCCGUCUUGGCUGCGACGUUCGCAUGUACGAUCCAAAAGGGCUUCCAGUAAAGGAUGACGAGCAGCAUUCGCAUCCGAAGGUUCAGGAGCUACGCGAGCUUAGCAAAUGGAGCGAUGGCCAUAUUUGGAUCAGCCCAGAGCAGCAUGGCAACGUGACUGCUGUAUUCAAGAACCAAAUUGACUGGAUACCGCUGUCAACAGGCUCAGUCCGGCCCACACAGGGACGAACACUCGCCAUCGCGCAGGUGUCUGGAGGCUCACAAUCUUUCAACACAGUCAACACUCUGCGAAUCCUCGGUCGCUGGAUGCGUAUGUUUGCUAUCCCGAAUCAAAGUUCCAUUCCAAUGGCGUACACGCAAUUCACUGAACCGGAAGACGUUGACGGAGGAAGCCGGUUGAUGCCAAGCGGCAAUAGGGACAGACUUGUGGACUGUAUGGAAGAGUUUGUGAAAUACACGCUGGUAAUGAGACCACAUUUCGACCUCUUCGGCGAUCGUUUCAGCGAAAGAGAAGAGAAGCAGAAAAAGGUAGAAAAGGAGACGAUAGCAAAAGCUGAAGAAGCUGAAGCGUCACCGGAUCUCAAAAAGAUGUGA